CGCCGGCUGGGUUAGGUGAGUUCUGUAUAUUUCCAGAUCGUAGAUAGAGCUUUUAUUUGGGUGGGCUUAACAGACAUGUCUAUGGAGAUGAGUUCAGCUUCACAACCAGCAAGCACUGCGGCUAACAUUGAAGGAGUGCUAACCCAUGGAGGUCGAUACGUCCGGUACAAUGUGUACGGUAACUUGUUUGAGGUCUCCUGUAAAUACGUCCCUCCUAUACGCCCCAUCGGUAGAGGUGCUUUUGGCAUUGUCUGUGCUGCUGUGAAUUCGGAUACACAUGAGGAGGUUGCUAUAAAGAAGAUUGGUAAUGCAUUUGACAACAGAAUAGAUGCCAAAAGGACAUUGAGAGAGAUUAAGCUCCUUCGCCACAUGGAUCAUGAAAAUAUUAUUGCUAUCAAGGACAUCAUACGACCUCCAAAGAAAGAAGCCUUCAAUGAUGUGUACAUUAUCUAUGAAUUGAUGGAUACCGACCUUCAUCAGAUAAACUGUUCAGGUCAACCAUUGACAGAUGCCCACUGUCAGUACUUUCUCUAUCAACUCUUACGAGGAUUGAAGUAUGUACAUUCGGCAAAUGUCUUGCACCGUGACCUGAAGCCGAGCAAUUUGUUUCUGAAUGCUAAUUGUGACCUUAAGAUAGGAGACUUUGGGUUGGCUAGGACAACUUCUGAAACAGAUUUUAUGACCGAGUAUGUCGUCACUCGGUGGUAUCGAGCACCAGAGCUACUCCUUAACUGUUCAGAGUACACUGCCGCAAUUGAUAUAUGGUCUGUUGGUUGCAUUGUUGGUGAAAUAAUGACCAGACAACCUUUGUUCCCCGGAAAAGAUUAUGUUCAUCAGCUUAGGCUCAUCACAGAGCUAUUAGGUACGCCUGAUGACGCCAAUCUUAGAUUUCUCCAAAGUGAUAAUGCCCGGAGGUAUAUUAGACAGCUUCCCCAAUACCCAAAGCAGCAAUUCUCAGCUAAAUUCCGCAACAUGUCGCCAUUGGCUGUUGAUUUGCUAGAGAAAAUGCUCGUGUUCGAUCCCAACAAGCGCAUUACAGUGGAUGAGGCUCUUUGUCAUCCCUACCUGUCAUCUCUUCAUACCAUCAAUGAUGAGCCCAUUUGCCCUAGGCUUUUCGGUUUCGAUUUUGAACAGCCAUCAUUUACCGAGGAGAACAUUAAGGAGCUUAUCUGGAGGGAAUCAGUAAAAUUCAAUCCAGAUCCAGUCCAUUAG